AUGCAAGGCAAUAACAACGGCUGUUAUGUGGGUUUCGACCUACGGACCCACCACCACCAUCAUCAUCAGCAGUCCCCUUUUACAUCCCACCUUAAUAAUAAUAACCCUAUGCAAGGACCUUCAUCAUCAUCGCUCGUUCCCCCCACGAUCCACGAGAAUUUUCCCCUCACGACUCAAGAAACCCACCCAUUGUCCCUAACCGAUUACAACAAGCCUGAUCAGCGGGCUAAUUCGGCGAGCGAUGAGGACGAUCCGAGUUUGAACGAAGACCCCGAAAGUGGUCACAGGGGAAGAAAGUCAACCUCCCAAUGGCAACGCGUGAAGUGGACAGACGCCAUGGUCCGGCUGCUAAUCACGGCCGUCUCGUACAUAACCGAGGAGGUGGGCCCCGAACACGGGCCAAGAAAGAAACUCGCAAACUUGCACAAAAAGGGUAAAUGGAAAUCCAUAUCGAAAGUCAUGGCCGAGCGGGGCCAUCUCGUUUCACCACAACAGUGCGAGGACAAAUUCAACGACCUUAACAAACGCUACAAAAGGCUGAACGAGAUAUUGGGAAGGGGGACCUCUUGCGAAGUUGUUGAGAAUCCCGCGCUUUUGGACUUGAUGGACCAUGUUUCUGAAAAGGCCAAAGAUGAGGUCCGGAAGAUUCUGAGUUCGAAACAUUUGCAUUAUGAGGAGAUGUGCUCGUACCAUAAUGGCAACCGACUGCACUUGCCGCCCGACCCAGAUUUGCAGCAUUCUUUGAGGUUGGCACUCAGGAUCCGAGAAGAUCAAGAUGAAGGCAACUUGAAAAGGCAUUUGAAUGAAGAGAAUGAUGAAAUUGAUGAUCGAGAGGGGGGAUUUGACGAGCAUGGUGGGUUUGAGGAGAAUUUGGGCAAGAGAGUCAAACAAUGCCCGAGCCAUGAGGAAUUUAGCUUCAAGAAUUCUCUUGGUCCUUUCGGUGGUGGUGACACGGGUGUUAGUUUUCUGGUGGAAAAUGAUAAUGUGUGUGGUGAGGGAGCGAAAACGAAUGUGAUCUCACAAAAAAAUCAGGCGGGCCAUUGGAAUAAGCUUCAGUUGGAGGAGCAGAGGCUGCAUAUAGAGGCCCAAAUGCUGGAAUUAGAGAAAGAGAAAUUUAAGUGGCAGAGGUUCUGUCGUAAAAAGGAUCGAGAGCUGGAGGUAAUGAGGAUGGAUAUCGAGAGGAUGAAGCUCGAGAACGAGAGAAUGGCUUUGGAAAUAAGGCGGUGGGAGAUGAGUUUGGAUGACAAAUGA